AUGGCCCCAGAGCUACAGGUAAAUAUUCGCUAUUCCCCGAGCCCAGAUCGAUUCUUCAAUGUCUGCCGUCGGAUCUCGAUCCGGCGGUGGGACGAUGAAAGGCAAUCCAUUGAUAUGUAUAGUUUCCUGGGCACGCCUACGCUUAGCAUAUUGUCAAAUUCCUUCAUUACUUCCUCCUUCGUUGGGAAACACACCCCAGAAAUUACCUCCUCAGUAACUAGGCCCCUCAUACCCGCGAGCACAGCUGAUCAUCGACAAGAAGAAGAAGGAAGGAAGAGUUCUCGUUCACUUUUACUCUCUCGUCCAAUCCCAACAAGGAGGCUGCCUGCGAAAAAGAUAAAGGAGGAUCACGAGUCUCACAAAGUCUCCAAUGAGUUGCCUAUCUCGCAGCAGUGCUCCUAUGGUCAGGCAGUGCUCAAUGGAAUGAAUGUUCUAUGUGGGGUUGGGAUCCUUUCAAUGCCUUAUGCUGUGAUGGAAGGAGGCUGGAUCGGGCUCUCCGUUCUGUUCAUCUUUUCAGUGCUUGCAUUUUACACUGGUAUCCUGCUGCGCCACUGCCUGGACAGUAAGCCUGGCCUGGAGACGUACCCAGAUAUUGGCCAGGCUGCAUUUGGCACUGUAGGCCGUUUUGCUGUCUCUGUAAUCCUUUACCUGGAACUAUAUGCUUGUUGUGUUGAGUUCAUUAUACUAGAGAGUGAUAACCUAUCUAGUUUGUUUCCGAAUGCCCACUUAAAUAUUGGGGGGCUGCAUCUAAAUUGUCAUGUACUCUUUGCCAUCGUCGCAACUCUUGGAGUCCUGCCUACCACUUGGCUUCGAGAUCUAAGCCUUCUGAGUUACAUCUCAGCUGGAGGAGUUAUUGCCUCUGUACUGGUGGUUUGUAGUUUGUUUUGGGUUGGUUUAGUUGAUCAAGUUGGCUUUCAAACUGGGGGAACUUCACUAAAUCUCUCAGGGAUUCCAAUUGCCAUUGGAUUAUAUGGGUAUUGCUUCUCAGGCCAUGCAGUUUUCCCAAACAUAUAUUCCUCUUUAAAGAAACCCAGCCAGUAUCCAUCAGUUCUUUUCACUAGUUUUGCAAUUUCUACCGCCAUGUUUGCCGGAGUUGCUGUGAUGGGCUACCUCAUGUUUGGAGAGUCUUUGGUAUCUCAGUUCACCCUCAACAUGCCCCAUAAUCUUGUGGCUUCAAAGUUGGCAGUGUGGACCACGGUGGUCAAUCCGCUGUCCAAAUAUGCAUUGACUCUGACUCCCUUGGCAUUGAGUUUGGAAGAGUUGAUACCAGCAAACCGUCGAGAGUCGCAUGCAUAUGCAAUCAUCAUUAGAACAGCUUUGGUGGUCUCCACCUUGUUCGUGGCACUUUCAAUCCCCUUUUUUGGUCUGGUGAUGUCUCUAAUUGGUUCCUUGCUCAGCAUGCUUGUAACGUUGAUUCUUCCUUGUGCCUGCUAUUUGAGCAUUCUCAGGGGUAAAGUGACUUGGACUCAGGUAUCAUUAUGUACAUUGAUCAUCAUAGUAGGAGUCGUUUCCUCUACCUUCGGCACAUACUCAGCACUAUCGAAGAUAAUUCAAAAUUUGAGUUAACCUUUUGUUUGCCAUAUGAAGAUUACAUCUAAUGGCCUUCAAUUUUGUUCCAUUCUUUGUCCUAUUUUUCCCUUUUUAGUUUUCUUGUAAAUUAGGUGAGGCGAUCAUUAAAUGUUCCUUUAAAUUUUACUUUAGUGAUAUCUUCUGCACGAAGUCUUUUGCUUAUAAUGUGUGGGUUAGAGACAAUUGCAAUUUCUUGGCAAUACUUGCUUCUUUCUUUGUUUAGACAUUUUCAAUGUUAUAAGGAACCUUAAAGAUCCUUAAUUUUAUUAGAUUAAAUUCGGUACCUGAUAUGUCAGAUAUUCCUAGCUAGAAAUUUAUCUGU